AGCAUUAUAAAUUGACAGCUAUAUAUAAUACAUCAUGCUCACCACCGGAGUCUAGUUUUCAUCUGUAACAGAGGAUUGUCCUCCUCCCUGGUUUCCCUCCCCCCUCCCUCAGCCUUCCCUGAUUUAGAUGCUGACUCAGCGGCUAAAACAGAACUAAGACCCCACCUGCAAGGGGUCAGGACCUCCCUCCUGCAGCAUGGCGUGUGCUGCUUGCGUCCACACCACCCGCACCACAUCGGCUGUGAAGUGCAUCUGCUCGUCAUGGGGACCGGUGGAUUCCAAAGGGCUGAGUCUUGUGUACUCUCUCUUCUCUCUUGCUUCUCUUCCCAGUGACGUCUGAUGUCCCAGCAAAUGGCAUUGUCCACUCCGGUGCUGAAAAGGUUCUCCCGACGCUCCAGCAGCGACACGGCUAACAUAGGCCUGGUUUGCAUUCUGCUGUGUAGACCGUGAACUGGAGUGAUGCCUCCAGGCAGGUGGUAUGCUGUCCAUCCAGCUCAGGCCCAGGCUUCAAGGGAGCGAAGACGCCUUCAGAUGGUAAAGAAGGAAGAAGAGGAUGAAGGCUACACUUCCGUGCAGGCUGCUAGGCCCCAGACACUCAACCGUUCUGGCCAGGAGCUGUUCCGCCAGCUCUUCAGACAGCUUCGCUACCAUGAGUCUUCUGGGCCCCUGGAGACGCUGAGCCGGCUCCAGGAGCUCUGCCGCUGGUGGCUGAGGCCCGAUGUUCUCUCCAAGGCCCAGAUCCUGGAGCUGCUGGUGCUGGAGCAGUUCCUGAGCAUCCUGCCCAGCGAGCUCCGGGCCUGGGUGCAGCUGCAUCACCCUGAGAGUGGCCAGGAGGCUGCAGCCCUGCUGGAAGAGCUGCAGAGAGACUUCAGUGGGACACCAUGGAGGGACCCAGCCCCUGCCCAGAGCCCAGAUGUGCGUUGGAUGGGGACAGAAGCCCUGCGAGCCCCGCAGAUGUGGCCCUCUGCUCCGGGGGACCGCCGGGAGCCUCCCUGUGAAGUAGGAGUGCGUGACUUCCUGCCUGGGCAACCCGAUCCUCCUGCUGCCCAAGUGCCUGCCCUUUCCCAGAAAGAGGGGUGCCCAGGAGAUGGGGUGACAGCCCAGCCUCAGGAGGCCCUGACUUUCAAGGAUGUGGAGAUGAUCUUCUCGCAGGAUGAGUGGGGGUGGCUGAACCCAGCUCAGAGGAACCUCUACAGGGAUGUGAUGCUGGAGAACUAUGGGAACUUGGCUUCUCUGGUGGGGCCAUUCACCAAACCUGCUCUGAUCUCCUGGUUAGAGGCAAGGGAGCCGUGGGGCCUGAAAGUCCCAGGAGUUCAGCCUAAGGGGAAUCCAGGUGCUGCCCCUGCAGGAGGGGAGCUCCAGAUGAAGACAAACAAGCUCAUCUUAAAUUCAAAACCCCUCGAGGAGGCAGAAGCCUUAGCCGUGUCAUCAGGAUGUCGUGUGAUGAGCGUUUCCGAGGAAACGGGGCUCAGAGAACCUGAGGAACAGAAGAGCGGGUCACAGGAGCUCUGUGGAAAUCCCACCCAAGUGAGUGUUAAGAAAAAAGACACCAGUUUCGGUCACAGGACAGGGAAAGCAUCGGAAGGAUCGGGAGGCAGUAACGGUCUUCAUCUCAAACAUGCUGCCUAUCUGCGCGUUCCCAGAAGAAAGAGAUCCCUGAAGCGUGGCUGUGGCCGACACUUCCGAGGGGGCUCAUACCACUAUGACUACAAGGAGUACGGGAAGGGCCUCAGACGCGUGAUCAGUGGGUUUAGCCUACGUCAGAGAAUCCACGCUGGACUGAAAGGGACUGUGAAGGAUGCACACGGGAAAGACUUCAGCCUUAGCUCUCAUCACCAGCGGAAUCUUCACGUGGUGGGCUCAUUGCAUAAGUGCAGUGACUGCGGGAGGACCUUCAGUCACAGCUCCCAUCUCGCACACCAUCAGAGACUUCACACGCAGGAGAAGCCGUUCAAAUGCCGGGUGUGUGGGAAAGCCUUCAGGUGGAGCUCAAACCGUGCGCGACAUGAGAGAAUUCACACCGGACUGAAACCUUAUAAAUGUGGUCUAUGUGACAAAGCUUUCCAGCGCAUGUAUGCCUACCACCUGCACCAGGAAACCCACGCUAAUCAGAAAUUUCUUGAAUCUAGUUGGUGUAAGGAAGCCCUUGCUUAUGGCUCCCAGUUGGAUCAUCUGCAAGACCAAAGCGGAGAGAAGCUCUUUGACUGCAGCCAGUGUAGGAAGUCCUUCCACUGUAAGUCAUACAUCCUUCAGCAUCAGAGGAUCCACACCCAGGAGAAGCCCUACAAGUGUACCAAGUGUCGGAAGACCUUUCGGUGGAGGUCCAAUUUCUCUCGUCAUAAGAGAAUGCACCAGGAAGAAAAGUUCUACAAUCCAGACAGAUGCAGGGAAGGCUUCAGGGAGACCCCCAGCUGCAGUCCGCCCCAGAGUGCGCCCCCAGUGGAGAAAGCAUUCCUGUGUCAGCAGUGUGGGAAAACUUUUCCUGGGAAGAAAUCUCUCAUUAACCAUCAGAGAAUCCACGCAGGCGAGGAACCGUACCGAUGUAGUGAAUGUGCGGAGGAGUUUACCCACAGGUCGGCCUUCAUCGUUCAUAAGCAGCAGCACGCCGUGAACAGGACGCCCGAGGACGGGCCCUCUCUCGGCCAGGACAGAGUGUUCCACGCUCCUCCGAGCAGCCGGGCCACGGAGGGAGCCUUCAAAUGUAGCCAGUGUGGCAAAGGCUUCCGUAAUCACUCCUUCCUCCUCAUCCACCAGAGAGUCCACACCAGGGAGAAGCCGUAUAAGUGCAGGGAGUGUGGGAAAGCUUUCCGGUGGAGCUCUAACCUCUCGCGACACCAGAGGAGUCACUCUUUGGGGAAACAGUACGAGUGCCACGAGAGUAGGGACACUCCAGAUGUGCAGUCGCAGAUGCUCACUGGCGAGAAGAAACCUUUCUGGUGCCAAGAAUGUGGCAAAACCUUUACACGUAAAAGAAGUCUUCUAGAUCACAAGGGAAUUCACAGUGGAGAGAAGCGCUACAAAUGUAACCUGUGUGAGAAAUCUUACGAUAGAAACUACCGCCUUGUGAAUCAUCAGAGAAUCCACACGAAAGAGAAACCUUUCAAAUGUCAGUGGUGUGGGAAAGAUUUCAUCGGGAGACACACCCUCUGCAUCCAUCAGAGAAAACACACCCGGGCGGCGCCGUCUGAAAGCAGCCUGGCUGAGUCGUCUUCCUCCCACGACAAAGGGGUGAUUUUACAGGAGUUAAAACCAAGUAGGGAGAAGCCCCUGGAAGACAGUGAGCAGAGCUCCAGGCCCACCGGACUCCAGAACUUAGCCGUGGGGAAAAAGUGUCACAAAUGUAGCACGUGUGGGAAAACUUUUAGCAAGACCUCACAACUCAUUAGCCACAAGAGAUUCCAUACUCGAGAGAGACCCUUCAAGUGCACGAAGUGUGGGAAGACCUUCAGGUGGGCUUCCAAUUUGGCUCGGCACAUGAAAAGCCAUGUUAGUGAUUAGCUUGGGGCCCGGCGAUGGGGGG